UGGAGGAUCGCCUCAAAAUGAAGCUCGGGUGGAAACACUUGUACAAUCAGUGGUUCCUCCUAGCUUGCUCCAGACAUCGCAACCGUGGCUCAACGUCGACGCCAUAAACAUGCACCUGACGCAAUCGCUGGAGCUUUACCCCGACACCAAGGUGACUCAGGUGCUUUUUAAAAGCGUGAAAAACGCGGCCGAACUGAAGCAGAAAGCAGUGGAAGGAAAAAUAAAUGGUGCCUUGAUCAACCCGACAAUGCUGGUGAGUCCUUUCCAAGUGCUGGUGGCUGCCAAUAAAGCUUUUCACUUACACUCGAUUGGAAACAUGAAGACAAGAAGUCUCAACUCAGAAAUAAUCUUCAACCUUUCACCUACUAAUAGUAUCUCAGACGCUUUCAAAAGAUUUGGGAUCUCUGACAGAGACGACUCAGCCCUGGUGGUGGUGGUUCACGGCAAAGACAACGAGCUGCAGGCUGUUUCAGACAUAAUGGCCAUGGUGGACGGACAGCAGCUUCCAGUGGACGAAGUUUCCUCAUUGUCAGACUUGGAAAAGAUCAGAAAGCUAUACAAAGUUACACCUCUGGAGGAGACAUGUGGUACUCUGCUAGAUGCCGUCGUUUGCAGGAUGGCCAUCAAGGAUGUCAUGUAGCUCCUAAAGACAUAUGAUUGAAAAUCUUUGGAAAUAGUUUCAUGUUUUCAAAACUCUUUAUAACAAAAUGUUAAACUCCAUCUGAGACACUUUCAGCACUCUCCUUAGUCUCCAGGAUUCAGUAAAGUAUGUCACAUUUUACAAA